UAAAUAUUUGUUCAAAGUCUCCCUUCCAAUCAUCCAAGUUCACACUCGAACUUUGUGAUUGUCAUUCUAUCCAAUUCAUUAUAAAUUGAAGCCACCACACACCACAGAGUCCAUAGAGCUAUAGACAACAUAUAUUCCUCUGCAUCUUCACUCAAAAAUUAAGCAUCGAUCAAGCUAAUAAUAAACUAUGUCUAAAGCAUCUGCUAGUUUUUUCUUCAUCACCCUUCUCCUCUGUUUUGCCCUGUCCUAUGCUGCUCGCCCUCGGCCACUUUUUCACGAGGCUACUCUCAACAAUAUUCAACACCAGGAUGUUGUUGAACCAAAGAAAGUUGGUGAGGAAGAGAGUUGCAAAGGAGUCAAGGAAGAAGAAUGUUUAGAAAGGAGGACUUUGGCUGCUCAUCUUGACUAUAUCUAUACCCAAAAUCAGAACCCCUGAAACAAAGUACGGUUCCCAAGGACGAAAAUGAUCAGUUAAUUUGUUUUACAAUGAUUAAUUGACCUAAGUUUCCGUUAUAUAUGUUCCACAAAAGUAGUGAUAAAACGAGUGAGUUAUCACAUAUAUUAUAUAGUAUUGCUUUUGGUGUGUUUCCUGUUGAUCUUCCCAGUACGUUAAUGCAUCCUGCUGUAUGCAAGCUGAUUACAUAACUAUAGUUUAAUAAUGGUUUCUUCCUUAA